AUGACCCCCACACCCUCAUCCUCAUCCUCAUCCCCCCAACCAGGCACCCUCCGCCACACCCUCCGCCAAACCCUCCAGCAGCGCGCCCGCAACAACGUCCUCCGCAAAUUGACCCUCCCCUCCCCCAACGCCACAGACUUCUCCUCCAACGACUUCCUAUCGCUAUCGACCUCGCCCCUCUACCGCGAGCGCUACCUCGCCCACCUGCAAUCCCUCCCAGCCUCGCACCCCUUCGCCAGCGGCGGCUCGCGGCUGCUAGACGGGAACUCCGUCUACACAGAGCAGCUCGAGACCUUCCUGGCGAGUUUCCACGGCAGCGCGACGGCGCUACUCUUCAACAGCGGCUUCGACGCGAACCUGGGCGUGCUCUCGACGCUGCCGCAGCCAGGCGACCUGAUUCUGUACGAUGAGGCGAUCCAUGCCAGCGCGCACGAGGGCAUGCGGCGCUCGCGCGCCGCCCGCCGUCUGCCCUUCCGCCACAGUUGCCCGGAGAGUCUGCGUCGGGUGCUGGCGCAGCAGGUGCAGAUUGAUGCUGGCGUGCGAGACGGGUCCCGGAACGUGUUUGUAGUUGUUGAGUCCGUGUACAGUAUGGACGGCGAUGUGGCACCGUUGAAGGAGUUCGUGGAUGUUGUGGAUGAGUUGUUGCCGAAAGGCAAUGGGUAUUGGGUUGUGGAUGAGGCGCAUGCUACUGGCGUCUGUGGGCCUAGGGGCGCUGGUGUCGUGCAGGAGCUGGGGCUUCAGGGGAAGAUGUUUGUAAGAGUGCAUACGUUCGGGAAGGCGUUAGGGUGUCACGGUGCCGCAGCGGUCGUGCUAUGUGACCCCGAUACCAGGGAGUACCUCAUCAACUAUGCGCGGAGCUUGAUCUAUACCACGGCCUUGGGGUUCCCCUUCCUCGCGGCGAUACGCACGGCGUAUGAGUUGUUGGACGGCGGCGAGACGGUCGAGCUGCAAGAGACGCUGCAUCAACGGAUCCGCUAUCUUCGGGAGCGCUUGAGUGCGAUUCAACCCGAGGAUGCGACCCUCUUCACCCUGGACCACCAUCCCGGUUCCCCCAUCUUCUCGCUGCGCUGCGCCUUGCCCCGGAGACUGGCCGCUGCGUGUCAGAAACGAGGAUAUGUCGUGCGCGCCAUCCUGCCGCCGACGGUCCCGGCGGGCCAGGAGCGCGUGCGGGUGUGUCUUCAUGCUGGGAACACGGAGGAUGAGAUUGAUGGGCUGGUGGAGACCAUCCAGGAGUGGUUGGGGGAGAUGCAGGGGGAAGCGCAGAUGCAGAUCACGAAGAUUGCGCGGUUGUGA